UUCUUUGCGUGUGUGCAGGAAAAUAUCUCUUUGGAGAUGAAAAGGAUUCAGUUUCCCAUGGAUUUUAAAUUUGUGAUUUUGCUUGGGUUUGUGUGUGGAAUGACUGGAAUCCGCGCGGGUGUUCUUUCACGAAGAACGAUGCGUUCAUUCACGGGGACGAAAGCAACUAAUUUCCCGUCUGCUGUUUUGCAGACAGAUCGUGCCAUUGAAGUCUUGCGAAGAGUGUCCAACGGUGCGAAAGCAGUCGAACUCGUAGAUAUUUAUUACGAAAAACAAACAAAUGUCGUCGAAGCAGAGCAGGAUCAGUGGAUCGGAGUUUUCAACACCGUGCCAUCGGGAAAAUUUGAAGAAGUACCGUUCAAGGGACAUCUAUUGGCGCAUUUGAACAAAUCCGAUGAUUCAGAAAUUAUCCAGCGUGUUGAAGUCGCUUCACAGUGCAUCCGAAUACGAACAGGAAUCCAAGUGCCGAUGACGAAUGAAACCCUUGCAAAGAUGGCGAAGGAAAAGUGCCGAGGGGUCUGGGUGGCAUCAUUUUCAGGAAAAGAGCCUCUGUUAAAUGCAGUGAAUUGCCUGAAAUGGCAGCCAGAAUGGAUGGCAUCCAUGAGUGACUUGAUUGGCAAUAUUUCCUUGGCUGACUUGUUCAUCCCUGGAAGAACCGGCUCUUCAACUCAGUUGCGUCAGUCUUCAAUCAAAUUUGAUUUAGCUCACGGCAUUCGAUACUUUGAAUUGAACAUCAAAUACGGGCCUCAUUUGGGAUCCAAAAAAGACUUCUACCUCGCUGGAGAGUCCGGGGAAGUGUCCGGAAAUUUAGGUGAUCACAUCGCCGAGAUCCGGCAGUUCAUGAAUGAAACUGAGGAAAUACUGAUGAUCAAUUUCGUCCAUUUCUUUGGCUUCACCUCCCAAGGAAUCCACGAUGAAUUCGUGACUUUUCUUCAGGAAAAUCUGGGGGCUUGGAUGUCACCUAAAGCUUUCGAACCUUCGGCUCCAUUAAACCUCUUUUGGGCCACAGACAAGCGGCUGAUUGUGAUGUACAAUCACUUGCACACGGUUCAUAAAACUGAGUUUUUGUGGAAUCCACCAAAUUCUGAACUUCCGGGUAGCAUUGGUUUACGGGAAGAAUUUUCGCUGUUGGCGUUGAGUCAAGAAGUUCUCAAAGUUAAUUGCUUCUUGUCAUCACCAAACGUGACGUUGCUUUUUCGGAACAACAUCGUCGCUGUUGAAGACCCCGUCGGAACGAUUGUCGUCGAUGCGUCCAUCAGAGUGAAUUACGAGAAGGCAAUUAACUUUCGAAACUCCGAAUUAUAUUGGAAUUGGAUCCAGACGGAAUCGUUGCCAAAGCUACGAGAAUAUACGACAGCGUCUCGUGCAAACGAACAAAUUACUAAGGCUUUGUCACCCACAAUUUACCUGGCGAUCAACCCACAAGCGGAUUACAAAACCGCUGUGGACGGUCAAACAAUUUUUAUUGAGCGCAAAAUCGAGCUUCGAUGGCGAGGCGGAUCAACUUACCCAACGGACGAAGUUGCGCUCUAUCUCGGUCAUCCUGCGUCACAAAAUGCCUCGCUUUUGGUCUCCUACAACGUAUACGACCACAUCAACAAUCGAGUGGUCACAGAGUACCAAAUGCCGCGUUACCACUUCUCGGCAGAUGAUCCGUCAGCAUGGACCAAGCCAGAAUGCCUCGGCAACUUUUACGGGGCAUACUUGAAGGGUGGCGAGAUCACGUCAACGAAUUGUCUGUCCACUCUGCCCACAUGGAUGGAAGACAACGCUGAUGCGUUCGAAAAGCUAGAGCUGCGCAAAAUGCUCAUCCCUGGGACUCAUGAUGCCGGAGCGUAUCGGGAAUACGAUGGCUUGGCAUCGGAUAAUCUCAUUGUGAAGUACGCCAUCACGCAAGAAGAAACGCUUCUCUCGCAGCUCGUGCACGGUGUGCGGUUUUUCGACCUUCGGAUUGGUUGUUAUGAUACUGACAGUGAAUUCCCGUUUUGGAUCAACCAUGAUGUGCUGAAGAUCAACCGAUUCGACGUGGCCAUGGCCGACUUGGUUUCCUUCGUCAGGAACACGAACGAUGUCUUCUUCCUGGAUUUUCAUAGAUUUCCGGUUGGCUUCGACUCGUUAGACAAGCACAGGAGAUUGAUGGAGUUCAUUGUUGAGAAUUUGGGCGACGUGAUGGCACCAAAAUCCAUGGGGUACAACGUUACUUUCGGCGAUAUGCUGACUUUGGGGAAAAAAGUGAUCGUUGCCUACAACCACAAAUCCCUUGAGCACCCGCUGUUUUGGAGAGAGAUAGAAGUAGGCUGGGCGGAUGCAAACACAGUCACAGAACUCAAAUCCUACAUGAACUCCUACAUUCGAGAAGAAAGGGAAAAAUUUUGGGGCCUUGGAUUGCAACUGACUCCCACGGAACUAGACGUGAUCCUGGACAUUCUCGGGGGCCUUCGCAACGCUGCAGAUGCUGUGAAUCCGAACGUAAUUCAAUGGCUUCUCGAUGACUGGAAAGAUUACGAAACCAACAUAGUUUCAACGGAUUUUUUCCUGAGCUCCGUCGUAACGACGUGGGCAGUAGAAGAAAAUAAACGCUUGGCCGCCGCUUCACAAUGAAAAAUAAAUUCCCACUUUUUCAUAAAUAA